CAGAGCCAAUAAAUCAAAGAAAAGACUAAGGAAUUAGCGUGGGCCGAACGGUUAAUUUAAUUUAUCGUUCCGUGAACACUUGAAGCACAUUGCCAUUAUGUCGUUGAGAUGAUGUGGAUUUGCGCAACGGUGGCGGCCGCCGUGAUUGCCGCGCUCAGUGUACAAGGCGAGCAAGUAAUGCUUCUCGACACUACAACCGAAGAAAAUCUCGGAUGGGCACGCUAUCCUUACGGCCCGCAAGCAAGUACACAUGGCUGGCGUGAGGAAUCCUACACUAAUUUCGAAAAACAGAUAAAUUGGCGAUCGUACGUUGUGUGUGAUGUUGCGCACCAUAAUGUCAAUAAUUGGUUGUGGACACCAUUCAUAGAGAAAAGAAAUGCAAACCGUAUUUAUAUUGAAAUAAAAUUCACUAUCAGAGAUUGUUCACUCUUUCCAGGUAAUGCACUUAGUUGUAAAGAAACGUUCAGUCUAUUAUACUAUGAGUUUGAUGUAGCUACUAGAGAACAACCACCAUGGGAACCUGAAAGUUAUAAACUAGUGGGGCGUAUUGCUGCUGGUGAAGGAAGAUUCAACACAAACUCAGAAGUAGACAUUAACACAGAAGUUAAGAGUAUCGCUGUAACUAAACGUGGGGUAUAUAUUGCAUUCAGAGAUCAGGGUGCAUGUAUUUCUAUUCUGGCUGUGAAAGUGUAUUACAUUACUUGUCCAGAAGUGACUAUACACUUUGCAAAGUUCCCUGCUACUCCAACAGGACGUGAGGUUACUGUUAUUGAACAAGCUAAUGGGACAUGUGUAGAACAUUCAGAAACAGCUCAGGGGGAAGCACCACCAGUGUACCUGUGCAAAGGUGAUGGAAAAUGGACACUUCCAAGUGGUUCAUGCAAAUGUCGGGCUGGGUAUGAACCUGAUCACACUAACCAAAUAUGCAAUGAGUGCUCACCAGGAAAAUUCAAAUCACACACAGGGGAUGAUCCCUGUAUACCAUGCCCUGAUUAUUCAGAGUCUACAGCAUAUGCCUCCGAUGAAUGCAAAUGUGUACCUGGUUUUUUCAGAGCAAAAAAAGAUCCCAAGAAUGUACCUUGUACACAGCCACCUUCAGCUCCAGAUAAUUUAACUGUUACUUUUGCUGACCAAUUUUCAAUAUCUCUUGCAUGGCAACCACCCCAUAAGACUGGGGGUAGGAGUGAUGUCACAUACAAAGUUCAUUGCUCUAAUUGUGGGCCCAGUGUAGAAUAUAGACCUGCAGCAUUUGGUCUAAAUGCAACUAGAGUUACUAUAAUGGGAUUAGACCCAGUGACAGAGUACAAGUUUCAAGUUUAUGCACAAAAUGGUGUAACUGAUAUAACAGGUGAACCUCCAAAGAAGGUAGAGAUAACAGCUGUGACUGAGGCAUCUGUGGUGAGUGUAAUUACUAAGCUGAGAGUUAUUAGUGCUGAAAGUGACAAGUUAUCUCUUGCUUGGAACCCACCACCAAUAGAUUUAACCGACCCGGAUGAUACUAUUGAAAGUUAUGAAGUCAAGUGUUUUCCAAAGGACAAUCUUGAGAAAAGUGCGAAUGCAACAGUUCGAAUAACAAAAGAGCCCCAUGUUAUAAUUAAUGGUUUAAAAAGGGAUACAGAGUAUGGUAUAAGAGUUAGAGCUAAAAUGAAAAGGGGCUGGGGUGAACUUAGUGGUAUUGUAUAUGGAAGAACUGGAUCUGUGCUUGACAAUUUAUUUGUAAGUGAGGAAGAAGGUUCCCAACUACAAUUAAUUGGAGCUAUGUUUGCACUUUCUUGGAACCCACCACCUAUAGAUUUAAAGCCCCACCAUUGAAUCUUUUCAUUCUUUUUAUCACUUUAAUGAUUUCUAUCCAACAUAAAUGAAACUCUGAAUCAGCCAGGCAUUGAUGGAAAUGAUCAACUGUAUCUACAUGUUUCUAUUUUGUUUUCUUUAUUUCUUUGAGGGUUCUUUUUUAUCUAUUUA